AGUAAUGGUCCCGAGCAAUUCACACAUAUUUAUUUCUGCAUUUUAGAAGCUUCAAGCCGGGGAGUGAAAUCCGGACAGGUUGUUAUAGCUACGCAAUCCGCGGGGGUUCCGAUGUCUAUUUAAAAGCCCCCUCGAACCCUCCCCUCUCUCCCCCUUGAAACUACAUUAUAUAUCACACGCACUGCAAUUCUCAAUGAGCUCCAAAAAAGACAUCUUCAAAUUGCCUCCUUGAGCGAGGUGGGGAACGUAUCAUCACAGAUCACCCUUUGGCAAUUCCUCAUGACUGGGUCCUAAAAAAAAAAACAGAGGCAAGCAAGCUUUUUAACAUUUUUUUUAGAUGACUGUCAGCCUCUGCCGCAGCGUGAUCGCCACGCGCGUGUUGAUUGGCGCAAAACGAUAAAGAUCCCAUCAGCGCCACUGUUUGAUUGUUGUUGUUGAUUUUUUUUUGGGGGGGUGUGAGGAGGGUGACACUUUUGGUUCUGAUCUGUGAGCGGGUCUAGCGGGCGCGCAGCAUCAGGCAUCACGUUGGAAAGGUUCGGACGAACUUUUUUUUUUUAAGGAUGAUAUUCGUUGGAUGUUUCCUCUUGUUGCUCUGCGGGCUCACGCGUGUCAUGGCAAGUUAUCCCAUCUGGUGGUCGCUAGCGGUGCGCCACCAGUACUCGUCGUUGGGCACGCAACCCAUCCUCUGCAGCAGCAUUCCAGGCCUGGUGCCCAAGCAGCUGGGCUUCUGCCGCAACUACUUGGAAAUCAUGCCCAACGUGGCGGAAGGGGUGAAGAUUGGCAUCCAGGAGUGCCAACACCAGUUCAGAGGGCGGCGCUGGAACUGCACCACCAUCAAAGAUAAUCUGGCCAUUUUUGGACCGGUGUUGGAUAAGGCCACUCGAGAGUCAGCGUUCGUCCACGCCAUCGCCUCGGCCGGAGUGGCCUUUGCGGUCACCCGGGCCUGCGCCGAUGGCUCCGCCACCAUCUGCGGCUGCGACACGCGUUACAAGGGCCCCCCCGGUGACGGCUGGAAGUGGGGCGGUUGCAGCGAAAACGUGGACUUUGGCGGCAUGGUGUCCCGAGAGUUUGCCGAUGCGAGGGAGAAUCGCAGAACCGAUGCCCGCUCGGCCAUGAAUCUCCAUAACAACGAGGCCGGCCGGACGGCUCUCUACGACAACAUUUUCCUAAAGUGCAAGUGCCACGGGCUGUCGGGCAGCUGCGAGGUCAAGACCUGCUGGUGGUCUCAGCCGGACUUCAGGGUCAUCGGCGACUACAUGAAGGACAAAUACGACAGUGCCUCGGAGAUGGUGGUGGAGAAGCACAAGGAGUCACGCGGCUGGGUGGAGACCCUCAGACCCAGGUACAACUACUUCAAGCCCCCCACCGAGCACGACCUGGUCUACUACGAGAGCUCGCCCAAUUUCUGCGACCCCAACGCCGAGACGGGCUCGUUCGGCACCCGCGACCGCGUUUGUAAUCUGACAUCGCACGGUAUAGACGGCUGCGACCUGCUGUGCUGCGGCCGCGGCCACAACACCCGGACGGAGAGGCGCAAAGAGAAGUGCCACUGCAUUUUCCAUUGGUGCUGCUACGUCAGCUGCCAGGAGUGCAUCAGGGUCUACGAUGUGCACACCUGCAAAUAGCACCUGCCUCUCCAUCUUGAAGCUUCAGACUUUGGACUGAGCCCGUCCGUCUUUGGGGUCCAGCAGACGGAAACUCGCAUUCCCUUCACGGAGGCCCGAAAAGUCCGCCUCCAUCUUCUGGGAGGCUUCACGAGAGGAUGUUUAAAGGUAUCGUGGACUACCGGUUUCUAAUUUUGAGUCGGAAAGGACUGCUUGGUUAAAUGUCAAACACCAUAUUGGUGUUUUUAGUUUGUUUUUUGUUUUCAAAUGUAGUCUUUGUCUUCCGUGUAGUUCAGUUGAGAAUAGUACGAUUUGUGGCAGCACGGAGGAAUAGUGGUUAUCGUUAGGGCUGGAAACGAUUAAUCGGCCGGCCGAUUUAAUCGGACAAGAGUAGCUCUUUCAAAAUCUUAAAAAAAAAAAAAAAACAUUUUUUUAAAAAAAAAGCAUUAACACAACAUAAAACAAAAAAAUGCCAUUCAAACAUUCACCUGCGUCAAAAGUGAGCAAAAAUGUUUGGCAAUUUUUCAUGUAAUUCAUCCGGCGUGUAUUAUCGUAAACUUUAAGGCACCCCAAAAAAUAAGUUAUUUUAUUCAAUUAAUUUUUGUAAUUAAUCGGCCGAUUAGUUGCUUACCUGACUUUUAUUCUGGAAAAUAUUGGAAUCUGCAUCAGCCUAAAAAAGCCAUAUGUGUCGGAACCUCGUUAGCGCAUUGCUUUCGCGGAUCUGAGGUUUGUGGUUCAAAUCCGGGCCUUUCUGUGUGGAGCUUAUGUGUUGUCCCUUUGCUUGUGUGUGCUUUCU